CACAAACGAGUUAAGAAUCCAAAUUCUCACAAGCUGGUUUAAGUUUACAUAAUGAUAUAUGAUUUUAAUAAGUCCAAAUCCUUAUGUGGCCAACAUGCGCAGAUUCCUGCACUACUAUCUAGAGUUUUGCUCUGGAAAUUGGGAAUCCUGGAAAUGGCACCCUGCUGCUUGAGUUGGGUUCAGGGGUUGUGUUAGGGAAUUGGAUUCUGAGGGUCUAAUUUGGGGUCCAGAUUCGUGGUUGGAUUAACCAUAGUCUAUUGAACAUUAUGAUCUCCAUGGUUGCUUGGUUCAAUCGGGCGAUUCUGAUAUGAGCAUUGGUGCUGUCAUAGGCUCUCAUAUUAAUUAGCCAAUAUGAAGAACAAUGAGCAAUGAGUCCUUCACUGAUGCCAGGCGCAUAAGCAAAAGAAGAAAGAAAGGGGACAAGUAUGGAUACAAGUUGACAUAUAUGGAUGCAGGGGAUAAGUUGACUUACUGGAAACGAGGGCUUGAUUGCUCGAUUGCGACGAAAAAGGGCGAGUGUGCAACUGCGACGGGCGACAGGCGUUGGAGUUGGCGUGCGAUAGGUUCUGGAGCUACGGUGGAAUGCGGCGGCGGCGCCUGAUACUUCGCUGGAAGGCCGGCCUGCCUCGCGGCGGCAACGGGGGAUUGUUGCUGGAGAGUGGGUGGCUGCUGGAGAGAAUUAGGGUUGCAGGGGAAUGGAUUGGAAGCCAACCCGAUAGCCACCCUUCCUUUUUUUUUGAAUCCGAAAUACCAAAAUUGCGUCGUUUUGAUUGAGUGCCGGCAUUUUUUGUCGAAUGCUUGGAAUCGUAAAAAAAGGGUCUGAAAACG